GUGGUAUCGAAAGGAAGGUCUGGGAUUUCUGCGUAAGAACCCACAUUAGAAAAGGUGAAUGUUGAGCCUCUGGCAGUAGUAUAAUGUAGCAGCAUUUAGUCAAAGUAGCAAGAUUUCAGGGAAAAAGUUAUAAAUUUCCUGAGAAUUUUUUGAGGUUUUCAAUAAAAAAUAAAAAGUGAGAUACAGCCUGCCAUCAUCACUGAGAAUACAUCUGGCUACACAGAGGGGACCCAUUACUACUAUCCUGGGGAUCUGAUAUAGUAGACCUAGGAUGACCUCAUAGUUCCUUCAUGGGACCAAUGAACUUCUGGUCUUGUGGUCCACGGUAAAACUGUAAUGUCUUCCUUCUCACCUCAAUCCAUUAUAAACCAUCCAAUCUCCACCAAGGCCCUUUGCACCAGGCAUCUGCCCUCUCUUUUAAACUUUACCUUACUGAUUUAAAGUUAAAAGGGACUUUUCAGGUCCUCUAUUCCAACCCUUUCAUUUUACUAAUGGGGAGCCUGGGAACCAGAGUUGUAAGGGACUUUGCAAGAAUCAUAUGCUUAAUGGGGAUCCCAGCUAAUUCUUAGAGUUUACUAUGAGUCUACCCACUAUAACCCAAUGAAAUUGACUGGCUAAACUGAUAUCUUACUGAAUCUUCUUCUUUCCCUGAAUGCAGGCCAUAGAACACCUUGGAAAUUAGGAAAAGUAACUGGCAAGACAGAAGAUCAUAGUUACCGAACCAUAGGCCAUAGAACACCAUGGAAAUUAGGAAAAGUACCUGGAAUUGCAGAAGAUCAUAGUUACCAAACCGUAGGAACAUCAACACAUUGGAAUUCAGGGAUACAAAAUGUAACUACAGGGGAAAAGGACGCUUAUUCACCCACUGAUCCUCCAACACCAAUGACAGAGGAUGCACAUGGAAUAUCAUGGCAGAAAUACACUUACCCAUCCAUAGGAACAACAACAUCACAUUGGAAAUCAGGGAUACAAAAUGUAAAUUCGGGGGAAAAGGAUUCAUAUUCAGCAAUAGGGCCAACAUCACAUGAGCCAUCAGUAAAGAAAAACCUAAAAUCAAAGAAAACAGGUCCUCGGACACCAUGGAAGUCAUGGCAUGAACAUAAAAUUUCUUGGAACAAGAAUACUUACCCAUUCCAUCGUCCUUGGAUGCAAUGGAAGUCACGGCAUGAACACAAAAUUUCAAAGGACAAGUAUCGUUACCCAUUCCAAGGGCCAUUGUCACCUGGACCCUCAGGAGAACGUCAUAGAAAAUCCAAGAAAAAAUAUGCUUACCAAACCACAGGUCCUUUAACACACUGGAAAUCAAGGAAUGUACAUGGAAUUGCAUGGGACAAGUAUCGUUCCCCACCCAUUGGUACAAUACCGCAGUGGAAAUCAGGAAUACAAAACAUAAAUUCAGUGGAAAAGGAUGCUAAUUCGUGCAGAGAUCCUUUGACACAAUGGAAGUUACAACAGGCAUAUGAAAUAGCUUGGAACAAGUAUCGUGACCCAUCCGUAGGGCGAAAAUCACCUAAGUCCCCAGGAGAACAUUACAGAAGAUCUAAGAAAAAAUACGCUUACCAUACUACAGGUUCUUUGCCAUAUUGGAAGUCAAGGAAUGUACCUGGAAUUGCAUGGAACCAGUAUCCUGAUCCAUGCAUAGCUACAACAUCACAUGAUCCAUCAGAACAACAAAACAGACAGUCACAAACAACAUAUGCUGACCCAACCACAGGUCCUUUGACACAAUGGGAGUCAAGGGACUUAAAAGGGAAUGCAUGGAACAAGUACCGUGACCCAUCCAAAGGAACAUAUCCUGACUCAUCAGAAGAAAAACACAGACGACCUAAUCCAUGUUGUUAUACUUACCCAGCUCCAGGUCCUUUGACACAUUGGAAGUCAAGGAAUAUACAUGGAAUUUCUUUGGACAAGUAUCGUUAUCCACACAAAGGUACAACCUACCGUGAGCCAUCAGAACAAAACAAACAGUCAAAAUCAACAUAUGUUUGCCCAACCCCAGGUCCUCUGACACAUUGGAAGCCAAGGAAUAUACAUGGAAUUUCUUGGGACAAGGAUCGUUAUCCAUACAAAAGUACAACAUACCGUGAGCCAGCAGGAGAGCUGUACAGACAACCAAAAACGACAUAUACUUACCCAACCCCAGGUCCUCUGACACAUUGGAAGUCAAGGAACAUACAUGGAGUUUCUUGGGACAAGUGUCGUUAUCCAUACAAAGGAACAACAUCCUAUUGGAAAUCAGGAAAACAAAACGCAAAUUCAGGGAAGAAGUACACUCGCAGACACCCUUGGACACCUGGGACAUCAAAGGAUAUACAUGGAACUUCAUGGGAUAACUAUACUUACCCAUCAAUAGGUACGACAUCUCGUGACCCAUCCGAAGAACAAAACAGACAAUCACAAGCAACAUAUACUUACCCAAACACAGAUCCUUCUACACACUGGGAGUCAAGUAAUGUACUUGGAACUGUUUGGGACAAGUAUCGUGACCCACCCAUAGCUACAACAUCACAUGAUCCAUCAGAACAACAAAACAGACAGUCACAAAUGACAUAUGCUGACCCAAACACAGCUGCAGAUCCUUCGACACAUUGGGAGUCAAGGAAUGUACAUGAAAUUGCCUGGGAGAAGUAUCGUGACCCAUCCAAAUCUACAACAUCACACUGGAAACCGGGAAUACGAAACAUCCAUUUUGGGAAGAAAUAUGCUUACUCACGCAAAGGUCCUUUAACUCCUUGGAAGUCACGGCAUGUCAUGGGAAUGUCUUGGGACAAGUACCGUUACCCAUUCAUAGGGCCAGCAUCACAUCAGCCACCUGGAGAACAAUCAAAAAAACCAUAUGCUUACCCAACCACAGGUCCUCUGACACAAUGGAAGUCAAGGAAUUUGCAUGGGAUUUCAUGGAAUAAGUAUCGUUACCCAUCCAUAGGUCGUUUUACACACUGGAAGUCAAGAAACUUACGUGGAAGUGCAUGGAAUAAGUAUCGUCACCCAUCCGUAGGUACGACUUCAUACUGGAAAUCAGGGAUACAAAACAUUCACCCAGGGAAAAAGUAUGCUUACUCGUGCAGAGGUUCUUCCACACAUUGGAAGUCACGACAUGUACAUGGAAUUGCCUGGGACAAGUGUCGCUACCCAUUCACAAGCCCGACUUCACGUGAUCCUUCAGGAGAACAAAACAGAAUAUCCAAGAGGAAAUGCGGUUACCCAAACACAGGUUCUUGGACACCUUGGACAUCAACUGAUGUACACAAAAUGUCAUGGGAUAAGUGUACCUACCCAUUUAUAGGGUCAACAUCACCAGGGCCCUCAGGACAACAAUACAAAAAAACCAAGAAAAAGUAUCCUUUCCUAACCGCAGGGACAUCACCUGGGCCAUUGCGAGAGCAACACAAAAAAUCGAAGAAAAAAUCUGCUUACCCAGCCACAGCGGGUCCUUUGACACAUUGGAAGUCAAGCAACAUCCAAGAAAUUUCAUGGGACAAGGAUAUUGAUCCAUCUAUAAGUCCGUUGACACCUUGGAAGUCAAGAAAUUUACAUGGAAUUUCAUGGGACAAAUAUAUUUACCCCUCCAUAAGUGCAGAUCCUCUGAUGCCUUGGAAGUCAAAGAACUUGCAAUCAAUUUCAUGGGACAAGUAUAAUUACCCUUCCAUAGGGCCAACAACACCUGGAUCCUCAUACGAACAUCAUGGAAAAACAAAGAAAAAUUAUGCUUACGCAAACACAGGUGCUCUGAUGCCCUGGAAGUCAAGCAAUGUGCAAGCAGUUUCAUGGAACAAGUAUAUUUACCCCUCCAUAAGUGCAACAUCUCAUUGGACAUCAACGACACAAAACUUAAAUUCAGAGGAAAACUCUGCUAACUCCUGCAGAGGUGCAAGUCCCAAGAGCCCUUGGACAUCGUCAAAUGAUGAACAAGAAAUGUUAUGGGACAACUAUCCUUACUCAUCGAUAAGUGCAAGUCCCAAGAGCCCUUGGACAUCGUCAAAUGAUGAACAAGAAAUGUUAUGGGACAACUAUCCUUACUCAUCGAUAAGUGCAAGUCCCAAGACCCCUUGGACGUCGUCAAAUGAUGAACAAGAAAUGUUAUGGGACAACUAUCCUUACUCAUCGAUAAGUGCAGAUCCUACAACAGCUUGGACAUCGUCAAAUGAUGAACACGAAAUGUCAUGGGACAACUAUUCUCACUCAUCGAUAGGAGCUCUGAUACCUUGGAAAUCAAACAAUGUAAAUGGAAGUGCAUGGGACAAGUUUUGUUACCCAUCCAUAGGUUCAACCUCACACUGUAAAUCAGCGACACAAAACGUAAAGUCAGAGGGAAAUUAUGCUUGCUCAUGCAUAGGUGCAGGUCCUUGGACAUCUUCGAAGUCAACGAAUGUUCAUGGAAUGUCAUGGGAUCAGUAUUCUUAUCCAUCCAUAGGGUCAACAUCACCUGGGCCCUCAACAGAUUAUUUCAGAAAAUCCAAGAAAAAAUAUACUUGCCAAACUACAGGUCCUUUAAUGCCUUGGAAGUCAAAGAACGUUCAUGCAAUUUCAUGGGACCAGUAUCGUUACCCAUCCAUCGAUCCUUGUACGCCUGGAACAUCACAGGAUGUACGAGAAAUUUCAUGGAACAACUAUAAUUACCCAUCUUAUCCAUCUACAGGGCCAACAUCACCUGGGUCCUCAGGAGAAUACUUCAAAAAAUCGAAGAAAAAAUAUCCUUACCAAAGUACAGGUGCAGGUCCUUUGACUCCUUGGAAGUCAAAAAAUGUACAUGGAAUUUCAUGGGACCAGUAUUCCUACUCAUCUAUGGGAACAACAUCACAUUGGACUCCAGGGAUACAAAAUGUAAAUUCAGGAGGAAACGAUGCUUAUUCACCCAUUGGUCCUUGCACAUCUUGGACAUCAAGAGAUGUACGUGGAAAAUCGAAGAAAAAAUACACUUACCCAACAACAAGUCCUUUGAUGCCUUGGAAAUCAAGGAAUAUGCAUGAAAUAUCAUGGGACAAUUAUGGUUACCCAUCCAUAGGUACGUCGUCACACUGGAAUGCAGGCAUUCAAAACCUAAAUUCGGGGAUACAAAACCUAAAUUCAGGGUUACAAAAUGUAAAUUCAGGGCUACAAAACCUAAGUUUAGGGAUACAAAACCUGAAUUCAGGAGGAAAUUGUGCUUACUCGUGCAUAGAUCCUUGGAAGCCUACAACAUCAAGGGACGUACCUACAACAUCAAGGGACAUACAUGCAAUUUCAUGGGGCAACCAUAAUUACCCAUCAAUAGGACAAACAUCACCUGGGUCCUCAGGAGAAUUUUACAAAAAAUCAAAGAAAAAAUCCACUUACCCAACAACAGGUCCUUUGAUGCCUUGGAAAUCAAAGAAUGUUCAUAGAAAUUCCUGGGACCAGUAUCCUUAUCCAUCUGUGGGUGCAAUGUCACACUGGAGAUCAGGGAAACAAAAUGUAAAUUCAAAGAAAAAUUACUCUUACUCACACGUAGAUCCUUGGACACCUGGCACAUCAACAAAUGUACAUGGAAUGUCAUGGGACAACUAUACUUACCCAUCAAGUGAAACAUCACCUGGACCCUCAGGAGAAUACAGAAAGUCAAAGAAAAAAUAUCCUUACUCAAGCACAGAUCCUUGGAUGCCGUGGACCUCACGGGAUGUACAUAAAAUUUCCUGGAACCAGUAUCCUUAUCCAUCAAUAAGUACAACUUCACAUUGGAAAUCAGCGACACAAAACGUAAAUUCAGCCGAAAACUAUGCUUACUCAUUCAGAGGCCCUUGGACCUCUUGGACAUCACAAGAUGCACACGGAAUGUCAUGGAACAACUAUUCUUAUCCAUCAAUAGGACCAACACCACCUGGACAAACAAUGGAACAUCAGAGAAGAUCAAAGAAACGAUACCCCUACGGAAACACAGGUCAUUGGACCCAUGGAAGGUCACAGAAUAUACAUGGAAUUUCAAAGAACCAGUAUUCUCACCAGUCCUUAGGGCCAACAUCACCUGGGUCCUCUGGAGAGCAAUACAAAAAAUCAAAGAAAAAAUAUCUUCACCCAACCACCGGUCAUUGGACCCCUUGGACAUCACAGGAUUCACACAGAAUGUCAUGGGACAAUUAUACUAACCCAUCGAUAAGUCCUUUGACACCUGGGACAUCGGGAAAUGUACACGGAAUUUCAUGGUACAAGUAUACUGACUCAUCUAUGGGUUCUUGGAUGCCUUGGACAUCACAGGAUGUACAUACAAUGUCAUGGGACAACUACACCUAUCCAUCUACAGAUCCUUGUACGGCUGGGACGUCAGGGAAUGUACAUGGAAUUUCAUGGGGAAAGUAUACUUAUCCAUCAAUAAACCCGACAACAUCUUUUUCAUCUUGGAAGCAACACAGAAAUACAACUGUGUAUGCUUCCCCAACAACAGCAAUGGACUUCUGGCCUGGUAGUCCACGGUAACCCUGGAAUGUGGUCCUUUCCAUUCCUCUCCACUCAGUACUCUGCCAUCCCAACCAAGACUCAGACUUAUGCCCUCUCCUUGAAAGCUACCCUUACAGACGUAAAGAUCCUGUGACGUCUUCUACUUCAGGAAAUGAACAUGGAACUUCGUGGGACCAGUAUUCUUAUCCAUCCGUAGGAUGGAAAACAACAAAGAAGGAGUGCAGAAAGAUUACACUGAUUGGCGAGUGGCAUAGGAAGGAAGAUGUGGAAUAUCUGAGUAGAAACCGUGUGGGAGACUGACCUUUAUCUAGAUUUCUCUCACAUUAAAAAAAAUCAAAAACCAAAAAGUGAUUUGUUUUGAUUUCGGAAUAAAGGGUAACUCCCAACAGACAUGCCAUCCUUAGAGAAAUGCAAAGCACAAACUGCAAAACACAAGAUUAAACUGCAGAAGCCCUAAACCUCCCGACCACCAACAAACUUUUCUCUGUGCAAGUCCAGGCUUAUACUCUAAACAAGGAAGUCUUUCCCAGAAACAGAAGAGUGUUUGUAACAAACUCUUAAUCAAAUUUCCCUAGAGAACUGCUAUACAACCAGAUAUUCUUGGAUGAGAGAAUUCUAUUAUCUGAAUUCCCAAAGCCAUCAUAGCCUUUUUUUAAAAAAAGUACUUAAAUGCUAAUUAUUUGGCGGGAGAAACAAGAGGAGUAUGUUCAUCCAAGACAAUGGAACACCUGCAGCUUUUUAGCUAUACAGCUCAACUUAUUAUUGUAAAAUCUUAACACCAUAUUCCCAUGAGAGGUUUUUACUCAGUUUCUCCCAUUCAAUCCCUCUUCUUCAUAAACUUUUGAAGACCUCUCACAUCAUUCUGAUGAGAGGAGCCCUGAAACUCUCUUUCUCUUUCUCUCUCUCAGACUUUGGGAAAGAGCCAUGAGGUAGAGCACUUGAGAAACUCCUUGAAGGAGAAAUUCUCCUUGAACCCUGCCUCUGUGAGACCCAUCUCAGGGAAUCAAGAUAAAAAUGGUUUAGCUAGGUAGGGCUACUUGAGCUGGAGAAUUCCAACCCUAUUGAAUUAAAGAUUAGUCGAGAAAGAC